GGGCUAUUGAUCAAUAGCCAUACUUCACGUGUGUUCCAGAAUUUUCAGUUGGACCAUCCUUAUAACCGGCAAAGCCAGUUGUUCAUUAUUGCGGCUGUCACAGUGGAGUGUCCCACGGCGAUUUGUACUUCUUGUGGACGCAAGCGUUUAUCGGACAUAAGUGACUAAAGGACUGCUUUUCUCAAUAAAAGGGACUAAGGUCUCAAAGUCGAAUCGUCUGCUGACGACCGAUAAUCACAACAAUGGCUGUAGUUGGUUUCGAUGUAGGUACAUACUCCAGUUACAUAGGAGUAGCACGCGCUGGGGGCAUAGAAACUAUUGCAAACGAAUACAGUGAUAGAUGUACACCGUCAUAUGUCUCCCUAAAUGAGAAAGUCCGGAAUAUUGGUGCUUCUGCGAAACAGCAGGCUGUUACAAAUUACCAGAACACAGUAGCAGGUUUCAAGAGGGUGCUGGGCCGGACCCUUAAUGAUCCGUUUGUUGUGAAAGAAAGACAGCAGUUUUUUCGACCUAACAAUCUUGGCCAGGACAAGGAUGGCAAAGUUACAUUUAAUAUGUUUUACAUGAGAGAGCAGCAAGAAUUUUCUUCUCUCCAGCUUAUGGCUAUGCUUCUUACCAAGCUGAAACAGACUGCAGAAAUUGCACUAAAAACUAAAGUUGUGGAUGCUGUGGUUUCUGUUCCUGUAUACUUCACUGAUGCAGAACGCAGGGCAUUGCUUGACUCAUGUGCACUUGUAGGAAUCAAUUGCCUACGUCUUAUGAAUGAUACCACAGCUGCUGCCCUAGGAUAUGGCAUCACAAAACAGGAUUUGCCUGGGGAGAAUGAAAAGGCUCGGAUUGUUGUGUUUGCGGACCUUGGCUACUCUGCUCUUCAGGUAGCUGCAUGUGCAUUCAACAAAGGCAAACUAAAGGUUUUGGCAGUUUCCUUUGACUCAGAACUUGGAGGUCGUGAUUUUGAUGAAGUCCUGGCAAAGCAUUUUGCAGCAGAGUUCAGGCAGCGGUACAAUAUAAAUGCUGAGAGUCAGCCCAAGCCAUACAUACGACUUCUGCAAGAGUGUGAAAAGCUGAAAAAACUAAUGAGUGCAAAUACACAGGCUAUUCCUCUAAACAUAGAGUGCUUCAUGGAAGAUAAGGAUGUCUCGUCUCAAAUGAACAGGGAUCAGUUUGAGGAACUUAGUGCUCAUCUUAUAAGGAGAAUAGAAGCGACGCUGGCUGGGGUUCUAACAAAUGCAAAAUUGAAGCCAAAUGAUGUGUACUCUGUGGAAGUAUUGGGUGGCGCAUCACGAAUUCCAGCAUUUAAGAGAGCUGUUAUGCAAGUGUUCAGCAAAGAACCCAGCACAACCCUCAAUGCUGAUGAAGCUGUGGCUAGAGGUUGCGCCCUUCAGUGUGCCAUCCUCUCACCAACAUUCCGUGUACGAGACUUCAGUGUCACAGACUGUCAAUACUACCCAGUCUCUCUUAGCUGGCAGCCACAGAGCAAUAUGGAUGAGGAAAGCUUCAUGGAGGUAUUCCCCCAGUUUCACCAGGUUCCUCAGUCAAAGAUGCUUACCUUCUACAGAAAAGAGCCCUUUGUGCUGAGAGCUUACUAUAGCCAAACAUCCAACCUACCAUACCCUUCUCCAGAAAUUGGAACCUUUAAAGUGAACAAUGUAACUCCUCAGCCUAAUGGGGAGAGUUCUAAGGUGAAAGUGAAAGUCAGGAUCAACGCUCAUGGCAUCUUCAGUGUGGUUGGUGCCACUCUUUAUGAAAAGACAGAUGAUGUUGAGGAGGAAUCAAUGGAAGUAGAUGAAGAGAAGAAGGAAGUGUCCGUGCCAAAUGGACCGUGUAAUGAGGCAGAUGAAGCAUCUGGAAAAAGUCCAUCUGAAAGUCCAAUGGGUGAUCACGAGAAAGCUGCAAAUCUGUCCAGCUCGCAAGAAUCACAGACUGGAGACGACAAGCAGUUCUUGGCUGACUUAAUACAAUCAUGGGCCAGAAAACGGACACGGUUAGUAAAGUGCAACCACCUAGAUUUUUACAAGGCCAUGGAGUCAUCAUGCUCACUUCCAAAGCAGGCUCGAUAUAACAUCAACCAUGGGAACAAGGAAAAGAAUGGCUAUUGCAGGAAAAAAGUGUCGGUCGGUGUAAUUUGUAUUGAGGAAGAAUUUCUUUCAAAGGUAGAUGCCCAUUUUUGUCAUCAAUCUGGCUCUGGAAAACGAAAGAACAGACGAAAAGAAGUCAGGGGAAAGAAAGUGCGCAAGGUGAAAACAGUGGACCUUCCUGUUGAAGCUAAUGUCCCACAGCUUAACAAAGAACUUGUCAACCUGCUGACUGAGAAAGAGAAUAGUAUGAUAAUGCAAGACCGCUUGGAGAAGGAACGAGUUGAUGCCAAAAAUACUGUAGAAGAGUAUGUUUAUGAGAUGCGCAACAAGUUGAGCAAUGAGCUUGAAGAUUACAUGCAAGAAGAUGAUAGAAACACUUUUGUGGUGAAGCUUGAGGAUACAGAGGUCUGGCUGUAUGAGGAAGGAGAGGAUCAGAACAAACAGGUGUAUGUGGACAAGUUGGCGGAGCUUAAGAAAGUGGGACAGCCUGUUGUAAAUAGAUACAGAGAAGCCCAGGACUGGCCUGAGGUGAGGGAUGAGUUUGGCGGUGCAGUCAUGCAUGUCCAGAAGUUCCUGGACCAGUGGCAUCAAGGAGAUGAGAAAUAUAACCACAUUGAAAAGGCUGAUGUAGACAAAGUGCAGAAGUGUUUGGAAGAGAAGAUGGCAUGGUGGGGACCUAAGCUAGAUGCCCAGACCAAAGUCAAACGUCAUGAAGAUCCUAUAGUCACUGCAGAACAAGUACGCUCUGAGAAAAGGAGUCUAGAGUCAACAUGUUUCCCAGUUAUAAACAGACCAAAGCCCAAGGCAGAUCCACCCAAAGAGGAGGAUGGAAAGAAACAGGGUGAGGAAAUGUCAAAUAACAGUGGUGCUGGAGAGCCUAAGGAACAGCAGCAACCUUUUGAAGAAAGUACUGCUGAGGGUCAUUCCCAAGAGGGAAGGUCAGCUGAAAUGGAUGUGGAUUAAAGAAUGAAAGACUGGUUAUAUUGGUCACAUUAUAUCAUUUCUCAGAGACUGCUUGGUUUCUUCAUGUCUUAUGCCUUGUUUACAUCGGAUCCAAACACCUGAAGUAAUUUGUGGAACAGAAAGAUUUAAUAGUCAAAGGAAUGAAUCCACAGCAGGACAGAAUUUUUUAUUACCAUUGAUUUAGAAUUAAACUUGACAUUAAACAAAGUUUGAGACACUGUGCCUCUCUUAAUAAUAAGGAAAAAUAAUUGUGAGAUGGAACUUUGUCAUUUUUUUUUCCCAGUGAACUACCAGAGCUAGCAUCGCUUCAGUUUCAAAACUUAUUGUAUAGACUUUAAAUAGUCAUCGUGUUGUAUCUAUGAGAAGGAAUAAAGUUCCCAGUCAAAAAGGAUUUGUCUGUUGCAUUUAAGCUUGUUAAGAUGUUUGCCACUCUAAAUAAUCCCACAUAAAAUGUUGAGGAUUGAUGUUAGCACUUUUUAUGUGCUGUUAUACAAGUUGAUGUUAUAACAAGUUUGUGUGGAAUGCUUGCAUACAGUGCUUGUUUGCUUCUGACUGUAAGAGAUGCAAGAGUUAGUGGUGCCCAUCUUCAUUUUGAUGGUACUCCUUGUCGGUGGAAUAGUUAAUAAAAUGUCCAGAAAGUGUCUUGUGCAUAUCUUUGUUUUCAUGAACGCUAAUGACAAAGUUUGGUGUUGCUGCUAUAAUGUUAAGUAUCUUUUUUUCCACAUGAUCACAUGCAUCCUAUCAUACUGCUAAUCUACGAGUUGCAUGUUUUAUUUGGCUUGCGAUAAUUUUGAUAGAAUUUAACAGAUUUCUUCCAUGUACGCUGAUUCACAUUAUAAUAAUGUUGCAGUCCAGAAAAAGAGGAUAAAAGCAGCAGGAUUUUCAACAUUAAGGGUACUUGGUUCUACUAAGAUUUGAACAAUGCUAAUGCAAUCUUUUGCAUUUCAGCAAAAGAUAGGUUGGUCUAAAAGCUAACGGUUGUCACGUUGGCUCCAGCUAUUGACUAUAGUUGACAUGCAACCUUCUUUCAUCACUCUACAUUAACACAAUGGUGACCCAGAAUUGAACAGUUUAUUGCAUUGCUCAUUUUUCAUUGAAAUCUGCAAAUAAUUUUCCCCUUUUCUACCAUGAAAGAACCAACGAAUAACAGUAUGCUGUGUUGCUCCAGGGAUUAAAAUUGUAAAUAAUUUCUUUAUGAAAUUAAUAUUAGAAUAUCCUUAGAUGACCAGUGCGUGUUGAUAAUACAUGCAUAUAAUGUUUUUCUUAAAAAGUUGAAUGUGCUUGUAGCAUGAACAUGGGCUUCUUAUAUAGCAGGGUCAAUUUUGCACUUGCAUGCCAAGUGCCUCUAUCGUUUAAAUUUGCAGUGUCGUGUCAUAAAUCGUAUAGAUUUUGGCUUAUGCAUGUUAUUUUUAUAUUUGGCAAACUUGCUCUUUCAGCAUUGUGACUAGAUUAUAUUGCCCAUUAUUAGAAUAAACAAGUCCUUUCCUAAAAUUUGACACCCUCCUUCAAAAAAAAAAAAAAAAAAGCUAUGAAGGUCCUGUCAGCAAUUGUUUCACUUUUCUCCCAUCUCCCCUCCACCUCUAAUUGCUGAAAGUUACCCAUUGGAUCUACGAUUUAUAUUUACCAUUAAAACUGGCUUGUAAUAAAGGUAUAGUAAGACUGUACAUGAUAAAUGUUUAAGUGGAUGUGAUUCAUGCAGGUACACGAAGUAAAAUUAUGCAAUGAUU